UGAGGGGAUGGCCUUAGGGCAGGGCCAUGUCACAGAGUGUCCAGUGACAGGAGAUCAGUGCCUGCUUCCAGUGCAAGAGACUUGUAAAGCCCAGGAUGAAGACAAGUGCCCAACAGGAGAUUGCUCAGAGCCAGAACGCCAGGAAAAAGGGCUCAAGCAGGAGAUGGGACUAGAGGCAGAGCCAGAGGCCACCGGAGAAAAGGGCCCCAGGCCUGUGGGCGCCACUGAGAGGACCAGUCAUGGGCUAAAGAAGAAGCCAGUCAAGAUCGAAGCUGAACUGCCACCAGGAACACUGUCGCUGAAGAGGGAGGAGCCAGAGGGCAGUCAGAGUGAGCCCUCACCCUCUGCCAAACAGACCAAAAAAACCAAGAAACGCAAGAGUCUUGGGGCUUCUGUGCUACCAGCUGUGGCCAACACAAUGUGUGCAACCCCAGAGAUGCUGGAGCGAAAGGCCCAGCGUCUGCGCCCACUGUACCAGUACAUCAACUAUUGCAACCCUGAGCUGAACCAGGCAGAGGAAGGGAACAGGGAAAUCAAGAUGGAGCCCGAGCUGGCACUGCCUCUGGUUCCUGAGGUGGGUGUGAAGCAGCUUCAGGACUUGCUGCCCAUGGCAGGUGAGCUGGGCUUAGGCCUUGGUUUGCCUUGCCCCAUGGCAUUAGUGCCACCCACCCCUUCUCUGGCUCCCCUGAGCAAGCAGACUGGAGUGGAACCUGGUGGCUUGCCCAGCCUGGGGGCAAGUGGCUGCCUCAAGGCUGAAGUGGACAAGUCAACACAGGUAGACAUCAACAAGAUGCUGAGUGUCUGUGCUGCUCCUCUCGUGCCCCCACUGUCCCCUCAGUACAAGUGACUUUCACUCCCUGAAGGUUCCCCUCCUUCCAGGCCUAAGCCAAGCCUCAGUCUGUCAGCCUAGACCAUCAUAUGAAGAAGGGAAUUCAAACUCUGUACCCACUUGGAAACAUGGACUUGUGGAAAAUAAACAUUUUUCCUUUUCUAAGACUUUGGUUCCCCAAAUAGAAUGCUUGAAUUAGGAAAGAAGCUGAGAAGGAUGGAGGUUUGAAACCUGGCCAGUCAUGUGGAUUGCCCUGGACCUUGAAAAAUAGAUCUGAGUUAGGAGUGGGGGUGGGGCAGGUAUGGGGUCUGGUCUUAUGAAAUUAGCCUUGCCAAGUGUUUAGUCUUGCCAAGUGUAUUUGAAGGUUAGAGGGGCUGGCUGUGGGAGAUGAAGAGGGAGGUAAGAAGGGUUAGAACUAGAGGCAGAAAAAACAAAACAAAAAAAGUCCUAGGAAACAGGUGUUUGGCCCUGCUCUUUGCCUUUCACAGACAGGCCUGAAUCCAGCUUGACCUCAAGGGGACCAACAUUUGGCAUCCCCUUCUGAGGUAGCAGAGUUUGACUUCCCCAAGAGUGGCAGCUUCAUCACUCAUUUCCACAACACAGAUGGACCAGACCUCGCUCAUGGAGUAGGCCCUGGUGACAGGGUGUCUGCUUUUUUCUGGCAGGCAGAGAGGGUGGUGGUAGUGGUGGCAGUGAAUGUACUCCCUGGAAUCUGUGGCCACGAUGUCAAAUGACUGCUGCUUCUAGCUCUCAGGAUCUCUGGGAAGAGCUGGCCAUGUGGGCACGGGCAGUAGCUUAGCCUCCUAGUGUUCCUGUGGCUCUCAGGCACUUCAAAUGUAGGACAUUCCAAAUUAAAUAACUUCUCCUCCCUCCAACCUGCUUUUCCUCCUGUAUCUCCUCUGUACAAUCAUUUGAAGCAGAAUCCUGGUGUCACCUCAGAUACUAUUCUAUUAUUUAAAUCCCACCAGCCAAUUUGCUAUCAAGGCUGAUAAAUGUGCCCUUUCACACCCCAUGCUCAGCCUCCUUAGAGGCCCCUGGACAUCUCCAGGUACAAACUGCACAUCAGACUGUAGACCUUGGGUCCAGAUCCAUGCAGUGACCCUGACACACAUACCUGUGCCUCUGAUGGUGUCAUUGUCCCAUCUAAUACACUGCUUCUCUUGCUCUAGCAGUGUCAGAACUUCUCAGUGACUGUCACUCCCUGACCCUGACCAGCCAUAUCUUUACUUACCUUCACUCUCAGUACAUGGCUUUCCCUGUCUAAAAUCCUUUUAUCCUUCUUGGGCUAGUACACACCUACCCCAGACAACUCAGCGCCCCUUUCCUGCUGCGCCUGGUGGCAGUGUUGCCCUGCAUUGCAGCACCUGCACCUACUGCCAUUGAGGUAAUAACUGUCUUUGCAACUCCGAAGUCCCCAAGCACGUGCAGCACUGCAUCGCACCUACCUAGCAGAAGGCUUCCAUAAGAGGCAGCAAACAAGGGAGACCACAGUGAGGAAUGGAGGCUGUGGAAAGGACAGAUCAGCAUUUGAAUUGGCAGAAGCCAUCUGGAACCCAACCAGCAGAUCUUGAAAGAUGGCCUGGCAUAACCAUUGGAGGUAUGGGGUGGGCAGGCCCAGGUAGAAGGAAAGGAGUAAGAUGAAAACCAGCAUGGUCCUUUCCUGGCAUCUUCCCAUGGCAAGAGAGGCAAGCUUUGGGGUCAGGACAUUUCUCCCUUCAGUGAUCCUACCAUCACAGGUGCCGUGAAAACUGAAUCUUGUCCAGGGACACGGGCACAGAUCUGUCAGUGUUCCAGAGCUAAAUAAAGGAGUUUGACUUCUUCACUUUGUGGCUGAGGAAGCAAAUGCCCACAGAAAAGCAGCCCUUCAAGAGAUCACACGCUGGGGGCUUUCUGGCGUACGGGCUGACCCAAGAGGGCUAAGCAUCUGCUCUCUCUGGCUGGUGUCUGGGGUGAUGUGGGAAAGCCAUCACAGAGAAGGAAGCUCUACUCUUGAUCUCCCUACAACUGAGGUGGGAAAUCAUGUUCAGAAAGGAGCUGAGGGUGGGGGUCUGCCCAUUAGCUCAGAUGUUU